AAAUUCUUUACGGUUAAUAUUCAAAAUGGUUAAAAUCUUCGCCACUGGACUGAUCUUUUCUGUUGCCUUUGGUUGCAGUUGGAUUCCAAAAGUAGAUCAGGAGGAUUUCUGCUUUGCAAAAUAUGCAUUUAAAGCCAGUGUAAAGUCUGUAGAACAAGUUGAUAAAUACGCUGAUUAUACAUACACAAUCGACAUCGAAGAAGAUUACAAGAACGCAAACAAAGCGAAGGGUAAUUUUGACACUAUAACUGGAGAUGGACCAAUGAUGUCCUGUGGGCCACAGAAGCUGAAGAUCGGGAAAUCUUACCUGAUUUAUGCUGGUGUUCGCGACAAUGAAGGGCUCUAUAUCGUCGAGUACAAAGGCAUGGACAGCGUUAAAGCCAGUGAUAUAGAAAGAAUGAAAACAAAAUAUGACUGUGAUUGCAAGAUAAAAUUCGAUUAUGACAAGUUUAUGUCAAGGACGUCAGCUGGUCUCCCCCCGCCCACUAAAGACGAAUGUAAUGUCACCGAGAAUUACUGCCAGAGGAGUGCUUACUGUCAGAGAAAUCAGGCGGGAGUCUGCACGUGGGGUAACCUGGGAGAUUGCUACUAAAUCAAGACUUUUUUUUUUAUUUGUGAUUAUGAUUUAUUAGGAAUUAAACGUGUGUUCAAGCACUCA